AUGAACGAGACCAUACGCCAAAGCCUCAUGACUAUGUUCCACUGGGGCGCCACGUGUCCAAAAAGUCGACGCGUCGAACUCUUCAUCAGUGAAGAAUUGAACAAGAUCCAAGUAGCCGUUAUGCAAAACUUCAGAAACCAACACCAAGAGGGAAUAACUAAGCCAUUGCCAGUAUACUUCGACGACAUCGUUUGCUGGUAUCUUCGAGGAAUGUUUCUCCUAGGCUCCAGCAUCCCAGAGUGCGCGUUUCUCGAUCAACGCGUCGCGGCUAGCCUGGAGGGUGUUCUCACUGCCGUUUUGUGGGUGGCACGGAGUCGAUCGGCUGAGAAACUUACUACGGCAGAUAUCUACGGUGAUUUGUUUGUAGAGGAUGAUGCUGAAAGCGGAAAGAAACUGUCAGGGUUUAGCGUUCCCGAUGUGUCCGAUAUACUGUGCUUUGCGAAAGCUGUUAUGGAGGUGUUGGUUGAGCUUUCCUGUAGCAUGUUGUUGUUCAUCGGUAGGCUUUGUAUUGUCAGCAUUCCGGUGCUGAUUCUCUCUCGCUGGCUCGUUUGA